AUGCGUCAACACCAUUUGCUUUCUUUGUUUACUAGUUUAGAGGGAGACACAGAUAGACAGACAUACCAAGUUGUCUACUUGACUGGAAUACUCCAUUUGAAGCCUCGAACCCAAUACUUGAACCAACCACUUUGCUAUCAAGACCCAGACACAUCACCGGGAGUGUCUCCUUCAUCUUCAUCCCUCACAGCUCCAACAAAACCCCCUGAACCUCCCCUCACAAAACCUCAUCCCUUACCCCCAUCCCAUCCCCUCAAAGUUGCCAGCCCGGAAAAACAAAAUGACAAACUCCCAAGACCGCUCCGACGGGCUCCUCAAACCCUCGCACAAACCAUCUUCCGUUCCGUCCAACUCUCCCUCAUCCGCGCCGACAUAACCCGCUACGAAUGCCACACCCUCAUGACCCCCAUCCGGCUCCCCAACUUCGAAUGCGACCCACGGGUGCGCGCCGCCACAGGGCAAGAGCUAUACGCCGAGCUCCUCCUCGCGGCUCCGACACGAAAUCAUGUUUCGUUCCUGCAUACGACGGCGAGCUACCGGAUGAGGGAGACGGUCAAUUUCAUCGCGAACCUGAGUAGUAUUGAUCAUAUCGAUCGAUAUACGACGGGUAAGGCGCGACGGGAUCCCGUGGAGGCGGUGUUGAUGAAUAUGCCGCUGCUGUAUAAAGUGGCGUUGGAUAAUGUUAGUUUGGAUGAGGAUGUGUGUUGGAGGUUGGUGUUGCCGGUUGUGGGAACGGGCUGUUAUGAUACGUUUCCGUGGCGGGCGGCGAUUGCGGGGGGUGAGGGAGAAGAUUUUGGAGUGGGAGAAGAUUUUGGAGUGGGAUAAUGAUGUUGAUGCGCGGUGGGUUAGGGAGAUUGUUUGGGUGGUUGAUACGCCGCCGAUUCGGGAUGAUGGGGUGGUGCAGAGCCAGUUGCCUGAGUAUAGACGGAAGAAGGCGGAGGUGAUUAGCGAGUAUCAGAAGAACUUUGAUAAGUAUUUUGUUAAUCUUGCGGCUUUGCUUUUGCCUGAUAAUCCGGAUGCAAGGUCGGAUGGACCUGGGGGAACUGGUGCUGGAAGUAGAAGAGAUGGAGGGGGGUAUGGUGGUGGCAGUGGGAAAGGGGGAGGUGGUGGUGAUUUUGGGGAAUUGGAUGGCGAUGACGACGACGACGAUAAUGAUAGACCAGAUAACCCCGUACUAGCAGAUAUUUUUCCAGAAGCUCCAAAGAAAUCUCCAAUCAAGAAGAAGAAGACAACCCUCCGCCUACCGAAAAAACUCGCCCUUGACACAAUAGCCGAGGGAGAUGUUAUUCCAGCAAAAAAACCAGCACCUACCCCAAAAAAACCUCCAACAAAGAGAAAGCCUCUCUCGGAUGACGAAUUAUCAUCAUCAUUGACAGAUUAUGAUCCGGACUAUGAGGAGGUAGAAGUAGAUGAUGUUGAAAUUCUUGAUUCCUUGGAAGAAUCAGACGCUGAAUUUACAGAUGAUGAGAGGAAGAGGAAGAAAACGAAAAGGGUAGUUAACUAUGAUUCUGAGGAUUCUGAGGAUGAAGAGGAUGAAGAGGAGGAGGAAGAGGAAUAUGAUUCUUAUCCUUGUGAAGGGGAAACUGCAACUGGAAGGCCUUGUCGAAAUAAAAUCUGGACAACGUCCGAUGGAGUGAAAUUAUGCCCUCUUCAUAUUGAACCUGCUCCGAAAGGCAAGAAAGGUAGUAGUAAUAAGAGUAGUAAGAAAGGUAAAAGUAGUAUAAAAGAGGGCAGCAGAAAAACUACCCGAAGUGGAAAGAAAUGAAACGUGUACGUAAAUAAGGCUGUAUAUAAAAUCCGGGGUAGUUGAACUUUCGGAACUUAUCUGUAGUAAAACUAGAUACUAAGUCUGUGCUGAAGAACUAUCUUCUCUUUAAUGUAGCACUCCGCUCCCGCUGAAUGAUUCUCGUAGCUAUUGAAGAAUGAUUCAGGCUGAGAGCUAGCGAUAAAAACUUAAGACAAUAAGACCCCAAAUUUGCUUGUACCAUUCUGACAAUGCCCAAAGUUUCUCAGGUUUUUAUGUGUCUGAUUGGAGUCGGACAGGUCAUCCUCGUCCAACACAAAUCCAUAGCUUCACCGACUUUUUUGCAUGAUGAUUCGUCGCCUUUCCCCCCCUCCAAGUCUAUAAGUGUAACACACACGUCGACAGCCAUGAGGUUGUGGGGUAGACCAUAGUAUGACGAGUCAUUUUCCCGUAGAUACUUCCUUCUGGGAGGAGCUUCUUUUGCCUUUGGAGAUACGGGGUUUACUUCUGCCCUAUCUUCCAAGACAAGCCCAAGACUCAGGAUCAAGAGUUUGGUGGAGGUGAGUUUUUGAAUGCCGCCGAUGCCACCGAUGCCACCAAUGCCACCGAUGCGUAAGGCAAACCUCGGCAGGGUAUCUGGGUGGAAUAGAGGUUGAACAGGGGUAGCUCUUUGGACAGCUACCCCUCUCACCCCUUGCCCAUGAGCUUCCGGAAAAUGCUUGAUUUCUGUUGCCGAGUUCUGAACCAAAAAAAGUGAGGCUUUUUUGACAGACAGAGAUUGUUUGCUGAAGAAAAACGGGAUGAUGGCAGAAAAGGAAGGCCAAAAAAAGCAGAAAUGACAUGUGUACAUGAUGUGGUUCAAUUUUGCAUAGUGCAGUGCAGUGCAGGGCAGAAAUUGGAAUGCAGCGGAUUUCCAAGAAGCUGGGCGUUGAUAUGGUGUCGUCGGGGAACGUUGAGAUGUCACCUCGAGUCUUCGACAAUAAUAGACGUGAUUGCUCGGUACCAAGAUCAAUUCCCUGACCCUCAAGAUCUGACCAAGGUUACAAGGUAGGAAAUAUUCGAAGCCGCACCCGUUGCCGUUGUUGCGUUGCUCACGCUUACCUGGUACAGUACUUUAGUAUGUGCGGCGUUCCGGUGCUUUUCUUUUGGGAUGCCAAUUCCAAUGCCCAGACUGCCGAGGCGUCACAGGCAGAACACCAUGGCACAGCACAAUCAGGGCCAACUGUGUACUGCUGCUAUUCGGCAUUACUUUGGGUGCAACCUGCUAUAUUCAUAGCCUCCAAGACCUCGAGGCCCGUAAGUAUGGUGGUUCUUUUGGGCCUGAAACUUCUGGGCAUCUUUCACAAGUGGUUUGCCGAGCCUGAAUCUUUGAGAUCGGCUUGCAUUCUACUGCAUUUGAGUUGCAUCGACGCUAGCAAGCUAUGUGCCGCCAAGUGA